AUGAAGGGUUAUGGGAAAUAUGGAAAGGCUGGAUGUGUAACGGAUGGCAGAGUCACGCGGUUUUGGAUUGCUGGUCUAAAUGGAUUCCUGGCCACAACCUGUGACGACCAAAUCUAUAUCUACGACGUGAAAACGCUCAGGAUUUGUUUCAUUACUCGCCACUUUCCUUCAAAAAUUUCUAAUUUUGACGGUUGCCAUAAAUAUCUAAUAGCAUCUGUUGGAAAUAAGUUGUAUUACACAGAGAGACUCAAGAUUAUUGAAAUAGAUACUAGUCAUACCGAUUCAAUCCUCGGUUGUAUUAUUGUUGGCCAAUCAAUAGUCAGUUACUCUAAUAAUAAAUUAGUGGUUACUGCCAGAAAUGAGGCUGGCGAUUUCAUAGAAUCUCACAGUACAUUAAUAGACAAUAUCACGCUUGCAACCAAACUCAAAGGCGUUGAACAAACAAUACUUAUUUGUAGCGCCAGUGAUAAGACGAUUUGUCUACUAGAUGUUAAUAAUUACAAAAGUUCAGUGCUUAGUUGUCUGUCAACGUAUGGAUUGAAAUUUAUAGCUUCAGGGCAAUCCGCUCAAGCUGGGAUUAUCGCGCUAUUAACUUCAACUUCAAAAAUCUUCAUCAUUGACACUAUAACUGAUGAAUUGUUAAUCACAAUACAAAUAAAAGAUAUUGCAUCUUUGAGCUUUGUUGAAAAGGGUGACAAUGAAUAUCUAGUAUUAUCAACAGCCACUAGCGGUUUAUUAUCCAUAUUCAAUCUUGAAACCAGAGUUAUUGAAUACAUGUUCAAUGCAAAUACUUUAGCAAUUAAUCAGUUGGAGUAUUGCUACAAUAUGGGCACACUCAUGUGUAUAGGUGAUAAUUGUAUAGUAUCUUUGGUAGCAAAUUCGCCAGAAAAUUUUUUCAAAAUUGAAAAAUAUCGUAAGGGUCACCCAGCAGCUAUAAUCCACAUUCAGCAUUAUGGAGAUGAGGGUAUUGAGCUGUUGACUUGUUCUCAAAAGGACGGUAAAUGUUACAUUGGCAUUACAUCAACAAUCCAGCAGCAACAAUCAACUCUAUUUUCAACAAAGCCAUUUGAUAAACAGGAUGAUGACACAAGCAUGGGCAAUGUACUUCGACCAAUUAAAUCAUUGUGUGUAUCACACAAUAGACGCUUUGACUGGCCAAAUGUGGUUACAUGUCAUGAAUCAACACACCAAAUCCACAUUUGGAGCGGUUUGGCCAGAGUUCACUCUGAUAAAUGUCUUGAGCUAAGUGAUAGUCGGCCUCAUGCCACAGCAAUUUUGCUUUCCAAUUGUGGAAACCAUGUAAUUGUGGGUUACAAGAAUGGACUAUUGUACAAGUUUAAUUUACAGAGCUCAUUGGCAGUUGGGCCAUUCACAGAGAAUAAAAAUACCACAGCUCAUUUAUCUUCAAUUAUCGGAUUGUUUCAUGGCCAUGACAACUCUUUCUCAUCUGUGGCAAAGUAUUACGAGGAUCAGAUGAUCAAGGUGUGGGAUAUGAAGGAUAGGAAGUUGCUAUAUACCUACAAUUUGGAUAUACCAAAAUCAUCGCAUAUUAAAAUUGCUAUACAACAGACUAAUGGAUUUCUCUCGUCUUAUCUCACCAGUUUCAAUAGCAUUUUGAUUGUUGAUGUAUCAAUUAGGUCAACAUUUAGGGAUUUUGUUCCUAGUGUUGAAAAUAUUACAAAUAUGUGUUUUCACCCCAAUAUAAAAUGGCUGUUAUAUUGUAGUAAUAAUCAUUUGAUCAUUUAUGACAUAUUGACUUCCAUGGAAAUCAGGAAUGUAACAUUUGCAGACGAUAUUAGUGCCAUUUUGCCCAGCCCUGAUGGGGUUUUCAUUUACAUAGCACAUGUACACAGCGUUGGUACAAUUAGCAUAUAUACAAAUGCUUAUGACGAUCAAAUUGAAGUAUCUGGAUCUUCUGAUUUUACGGAUGUGAAUGAAGUAACGGACUUUAAAUUUGUGGACGAUGAAUUCAAGAAUUUGUUAAAUUUAUCUGGAGACACGUGGGGAUUUCUUGAAUCCAUUUUGAUGCACGAUAAAAUAUCUAAAAAGAGUGCACCAGAGAGUGUUGAGAAACCGGUAGAAUUGCCAUUCAUUUUACCUACUGAAUACAAAGAAGGGUCACUUGUAUUCUCCAAGCCUAAUAAACGUAUAAAUAAGAAAAAAAAGGUUGAGAAGUUUGGUGUAAAUGAAAUUUUUAUUGGUCUACUGGAUGCUGGUGAAUUUGAUAAGAUAUUUGAUUACCUAAAAUCACAAACUCCUGCGGCUACACAUUUGAUAUUCUCUUGUGAAAUGGAGUGCGACGAGAUACAAAAGAUUCUCCAAUUUUUCAUUGCUGUAGCCAAAUCAAAGGAAAAUUACGAUCUGUGUCAAGUCUACCUAUCAAUAUUCAUAAAAUAUAAUGUACAUGCUCUCAUGGAUAAGCAUAAUAAACCCCUAGUUGAAGAGUUGAGAUCAAUACUUGCUAAUGAUUGGGAUUCUAUGCGGGAUGAAUUUGAAGCUAUUUCUUGUUAUCUCAAAUUCUUCGCGCAUAUCUAG